AGCUAUCUUGUGGGCAAAGGGGGUGGAAAGAGAACAGAAACAACGAGGUGAAGAGCAGUGGUGAAUUGCACUGGCUGACUGGCAUAUAGAAAGACAGAGAGCGCAUAUAAGAAAGAACGAGAGACAAUGAAAACAGACGAAUGACGUACAUAAUUGUUUACAUAAAUAUACCCGGCGUUAUCUAGUGCAGAAGAAGCCAUUCUCUGUGUUCUGUUUUUAUCAUUUCAAUUAAAGUAUUUUGAGCGAAAAUUAAUUGAAACUGGAGAACGUGAAGCGAGCGAAGAAAAGUGGACUAUUGAGAAGGCUGGGAAAGUCCUUCAGGGAGCAGUGCGAAAGAGAAUUGGAUGCUGAAAAUCAACCAGGACCGAGUACGCUGCAACCCAACCCAAGCCAAACUGCAACAGAUACUGAUCUUCAUAUCACCGAUGAGGAUAUGUAUGAAGAGAUAUAUUUGCAUGAGCUUGAUACUGGCAUGGCUGAGAGUGCAGAGUACGAAGAGGAAUGGAUAUCGUUUACGGAUGAAGAAGAUGAAGAGGAAGUUGAUGCUGAGCAGCAUGUGUUCAAGGAUGAUGAUGAAGCCAACCGGAACAACACGUUUUCCAAAAAAUUACAAUUGUGGGCACUAUCUCAUCGAAUAACACAUGCUGCUUUGAACGAUUUAUUGGAGAUAGUUCAGGAAACUACGGAAUAUUAUGUUCCUAAAGAUGCCCGGACUUUCUUGAAGACUCCCGUUGGCGUUGGCAAACAAAUUGCUUCGGUGGCAGGUGGACAGUUAUGGUAUCAGGGGAUUCAAAACACUCUGCAAUACCAUUUCAGAACCGGAAAGCUUCCCGUGGAUAGAAUUUCAGUCAACUUAUUCGUAGAUGGGUUACCGCUUCAUCAUAGUGGACCGACACAAUUAUGGCCCAUUAUGAUGCAGCCUCACGAGCUACCGGAGGAGCCUAUAAUGGUGUUAGGUAUUUUCUGUGGCUCGUCGAAACCAGACAACGUAGAAGAUUAUUUACGUCCUCUAGUGAGCGAUUUAAAUAACAUUCUGGAAACCGGAAUCAUCAUCCACAGCAAAAAGAUUACCAUAAGCCUCAGAGCCAUCAUCGCUGAUACUCCUGCUCGAGCGUUUAUUAAAGGAGUGGCCUAUUUCAACGCUGCAAAUGGCUGUAUUAAGUGUAAAAUUGUGGGUCGACAUGGCAAACGUACUCGCAGAAUGAUUUUUGAAGGCGUAGCAGCUAAAAGGACUGAUGCAGGGUUUAGAAGCGGGCAAUACGCUAUUGGGCAUCAAAGGCGACCUACACCUAUAGCGGAUAUUACAGGUUUAGACAUUAUUAAGCACAUACCUGUAUCGGACGAUCUCCACCUACUAUAUUCCGGAUUCAUGAAGUUAUUCGUGGUAGGUCAUGCAGAAGGAACUUUGUCUUCGUUUCCCAAGUGGACGUUAGAAGAACAAGAAGAGGUUUCGACCAUUUUAUUAAAAACUCGUUUGCCAGUAGAAAUUAAUAGGGCUAUGAGAUCGCUUAAAUAUGUAAAAUUUUGGAAGGGGUCUGAAUUUCGCACUUUCUUAAACCAUAUUAGCAUACCAUUACUGAAAGGAAGAAUUCAUGAUGAUGCCUAUCAUCAUUUUAAGCUGUUUUACGUAGCUAUUACUUUAUUAUCUAGUUCCCAUUUUAAAAGUCUUUGGGAUUAUGCAGAAACACUUUUAGAAAAGAUUGUCGCAGAAUUUAGUUUGCAUUAUCAUAAAUCGUAUAUCACUAGCAACAUACACAAUAUUUUACAUAUAGCUGAAGAUGUACGCGAAAUUGGACCCCUCCCUACAAUCUCUUCGUACCCUUUUGAGAACAGAUUACAAUUUAUAAAAUCAUUAGUACAGACAGGUCGUAGGACGUUAGCUCAAGUAGUAAAUAGGCUAACAGAGCUUAGGGAACUAGAAAAUAAGCAUAAUAAGACAAAUAUUUCAUAUCCAAUAGUAAAACAUAAGAAAGUUGAGGUUAUCUUUAAUAUUACAUCAAAAUUUAUGUUAAGACAAGGGAAUAGAAAUGGCUGGUUCCUAACAAAAGAAAAUGAAAUUAUAAGGUACAGUAGCGUUAAGCAAGUAUCAGGAUCAUACGUUAUAGAAGGACAGCAAUUAUUGAGGAAACAAGCUGCGUUCAGUUAUCCGAUUGCUUCUGAAACAGUUUAUAAUUUCCUAGGAAAACUAGAAGAUAUUUCAGGUUCAGGUAGAAUUAAGUAAUGUUAAAGUUAAGCUUGUAGCAAUUUCUGUCGAUGAUAGCUCAUUUUAUUUCAGUCCACUUUUGCACACUUUAAUGUAAUAAACAAAACAAAAUUUUAUCUGCUGUAUAAUAUACA